GACGACCAUAUGAAACCUGGCCACGACAGUCGAUAUUGGGAAAUACAAAAUUCCACGUGGCUAGCUGCCAGAGCAGCAGCACUACUAUUUCUUUUACCUUUGUCUUGGCCACAAAGCGAAAUAGAGAAACACAUGACUUUCGACACAAAGAUACACAUCGUACGAGGAAUCCAAAGGAGUUGUGAGUAUUCAAAGAGUGUAGCAAAGGGCAUGCCCCAAAGCGGGCCAGUUUCAACAAACCUGACACUCGACAUGAAGCAUUUGAAACAGGAAGGGGUUGGAGGGGUUGCCGUCUUGCUGUAACCGACGGUAAAAAAGUAUUUCCGG